CAAUUGUUCAUUCAAUGGGGUGAGUAGGAACCCUACAAGAAGUAUUAAGAACUUCAAAGACCACGCCACCAUAGAAACACCGAUGCACUCGCUUCGAGAAGUUGUUUCGUGUUCAUAUUCAGAUUUUAUUUAAUAACUCAUGCACCUUUUGUUUCCUUUAAAAUAAUUUUAAAGAAGGGAAUUACAAGAAGGAUUAUCCUACAUACUUUUAAGGAUGUUGGCGAGUGAUGUGGAAUAAGAAUAACGUUUAAAACUAAUCAAAUUCACAAUGGCGGCUUCUAAACUACCAAGUUAGUUUUCAUCAAUCGAACAACAACAAAGAGUAAACGAUGACCAGUUCUAUAUUCAUCCCAAUCACGCCGGUGAUGAAGCAGGCUAUCGAGGGUGGAGAUGCCAUUGGAUUGGAAAGAAUGCUUAAAGCAGGAAUGAAUCCUAACAUGAUAGAAACGCAAACUGAGAAUGGUGUUAAAAGUCAGCAUUCAGCUCUCAUCCUGGCUAUCUCUCUUAAUCAAAUCGAGGUAGCUGAUGUACUCAUCAAAGCUGGUGCUCAUGUCGAUACAAUAUUCUUGAAUUAUGACAGUGCCAACAAGUGUAUGUAUGGCAUAUCAGCUCUAGCUACAACCAGGAUGUUAUAUGAGUUUACACUGAGUAAUACUCUAGGCACAAUGCUAAAUACCUUGGAAGAAAGCCUGAAGAAAACAGAGGGCAGAGAACCAUAUAAAGUGCCUCCAGUUCAUCUACCAAAGGAUGUUCCUAACGAGGUACUGGUGGACUCGGUAAGAGAAGGUGAUCUCGAUUCAGUAACCAUCUUACUCUCACAUGGAAUGGACGUUAACUUCGUUCAUAUCGAUGGAGAGACGGGUUAUGUUAUGUCAAUCUUGAUUCUAGCAAUCAUAAGAAGGCGAUAUUCCGUAGCGGCUUUCUUACUUGAAAAGGGUGCUGAAUGCGAUACGGUUUAUCUGAACUAUGACAAGGAAGAGGAUAAUGUGAUUGAUUUAACGGCAUUAACAGCAGCAGAGAUGAUCAAAGGAAAAUGCCCAUCCAAAGAAUUAGAUGCAUUUAUUCAUCUCUUAGCUGAAGCACUUGGCAAAGUGAGUGGAGAGCCUAGAAUUAUCCCGUCGAAAGAUAUCCCAAAGGCUAAAUUGGAGACUCUUCCGCGAUAUCGAAAAAAAGUACCGCGUAUCUUCAUCGCCAGCGUCAAUGAAGAUGAGGUCGAAGAAAUUAAGGCAUGGGACAGUGUCAGUGUAGUCAGUAUUAACAACGGACGUGGUCAUAUCUACAAGGAAACAGCAGCUGAUAACGACAAUGACCAUGAGAACAAUACAGUGUCAAGUACAAGUACUGAUGAUCACCAUGACAGUAGAUUAAUUAAUAAUGAUAAGAAUAAGGAUGAGAACUCAAACAAACAAUCUUCAACAUGUCUGAUACUGUGAUUAGCAGUAUGUCCACAACACAAUCAUAACAGUGGUUACAACAAACAACGGGACGGAGAUUAGAACUGACGAGAUGACGUUAUACGGCAACAUAAUUAUGGAGAUGGAUGUUGAAAGCUUCAUUUUUACGAAUCAGAUGUCAAAAAACGAAGGUUGAUAUGUUGUAUAUAAUUAGGAAAAGUUGCUUCUGUAAUGAUAUUCGUAUGGUGGAAAUGCAGAAUGCAAUGCACAUCCCCGGUGCACGUCGUGAUGAAAUCUGUGAUGCAGAAUAAGCCUAUAUAAA